AUGCCAUUUGGGUUGUGCAAUGCCCCAGCUACUUUCCAGAGAUGCAUGACCUCCAUUUUUUCAGAUCUGAUAGAGGAGAUGGUAGAAGUCUUCAUGGACGAUUUCUCAGUCUAUGGAGCAUCCUUCUCCUCAUGUUUGUCAAACUUGUGCAGGGUGUUGCAGAGGUGUGAGGAGACAAAUCUAGUACUCAACUGGGAGAAGUGCCAUUUCAUGGUUCGAGAAGGGAUUGUACUUGGACACAAGAUUUCCGAGAAAGGGAUCGAGCUCGAUCGAGCUAAGGUGGAUGUCAUGUUGCAGCUCCUGUUCCCAAGACUGUGA